AUGGCGCGUCGCGACGACAAGAAGCGACGAAAGCGAGACGACUCGGACAGCGAGGAUUCAGACGAGCGCAGGAGACGGAGCAGAAAGAGCCGGAAAUCGCGGAAGGACAGCGACGAUGACGAUUCUAACGAGGAUGCGUCCGCGUCAGACUCCGACGGCGAUCGCGGCCGCAAUCGCAAACGCCGGAGCCGCGGAAGCCGGAAAAAGAAGCAGGGCGGUGACUCUAGCGAGAGUGACGAUAGCAGUCAGAGCCGAAGCCGCAGCAGGAGCAGAAGCAGGGGACGGAGCAAAAAGGGCAAGAAAGACAAAAAAGAACGGAGAGAGAAGAGCAAGCGGGAUUCGCGCCGGCGACGCCGGGAACGGUCGGACUCGGAGGGAUCGGAGAGUUCUGGUGGUAGUAGCGGGAGUGAUAGUAGCGAGGGGAGUCCGUCGCGUGGCGGGAAGAAGGUCUCGGAGGAGGAACUGAGGGAGUUUUUGGCGAAACGCGCGCAGAAGAAGGCGCUGAAGCUGGCGAAGAAGCUCAAGCCGAACGCGGUGUCGGGUUACACCAACGACAGAUCUGCUGCGAGGCACGAUUGCAGUGGUGCUGGUUGGGUCGCUUGCACUUACAUGCAGUCCGGCUGCUGUAACGGUUGUAACCUAACCCCCUAUCUACCCCUCCGCGCGCAGGUUAGUGUGGCGCAGGAAGAUAGAGAAGGACGUGCUGCGAGGCACGCUGGACCCGCACCCACCCAUGCCCCCCUCUUCCCCUCCCGCAUCCCUUCGUCCCUCUGUGCUAUGUAUCCAUCUAUCCACCAUCUCUUUGUCCGCAUGUUCGUGUGGCGCAAGAAGAUAGAGAAGGACGUGCUGCGUGGCACGCUGGACCCGCGGGAAAUCACCCUGCAGAACGAGAGGAAGCGCCUCGAGGCCCGCAUGGAGGAGAUUGAGAAGGUGAAGAAGCGGCGCGAGGAGAGGAUGCUGGAGAAGGCACAGCACGACGAAGAGAUGGCCAUGCUGGCACGUGAGAGGGCUCGAGCUGAGUUCCAAGACUGGGAGGAGAAGGAAGACGAGUUCCACUUUGAGCAAAGCCGAGUGCGAUCGGAGAUUCGACUGAGGGAGGGCCGAGCGAAGCCUAUCGACGUGCUGGCGAGGAAUCUGACUCUCUCUGGCGACUUUGACAUCGAGGUCAACGAGCCGUACAAGAUCUUCAAGGGUCUGACGGUGAAGGAGAUGGAGGAGCUAAAGGAGGACAUCAAGAUGCACCUCGAGUUUGACCGCAACAACCCCAUGCACCAGGAGUUCUGGAAGGCAAUGAUGGUGGUGUGCAAUCACGAGAUAGCAGAGACGACCAGAAGAGACAUAAUCGACCGAGCGAGAGUGAGGGGAGAGGAGCCCCCAGCAGACGUUUUAGAAGAAGAGAGAGGCCUGCACUCAGCAGUCGGGGCAGACGUGGCCGAAACUCUCGCUGUUGCGGGCAGCGAGGAACUUUCGCGCAUGGAGGAGCGGAUCGCCGGGCAGAUGGAAACGGGCGGAGCAAAAGUUGUCGAGUACUGGGAGGCUGUGCUGAAAAAGCUAAAGGUUUUCAAGGCGAAGGCGCGACUGAGGGAGAUUCAUGCGGAUCUGCUGAGGCAGCAUCUGGCUCUGCUGGAAACGGGAGGGGUGGCGAGAGGGGAGGGAGGGGGAGAGGAGGGAGGGGAAGGGAGAGGGGGAGGGAGAGGAGGGGAAGGGCGCGGAUGGGAGGAGGAAGAGGAGGAGGUUGGUGGUGGUGCUGCUGGUGGUGGCGGUGGUGGUAGUGGAGGGGGAGGAGGAGAGGAGAGAGAGCCUGGGUCGUUUUCGCCUGAGUUGUUGACAAUGGAAGAAGCAGCUAAGGAGGGGUAUAAGGAGGGGGGAGAGGGAGCAGCGGGAGGGGGAGGAGGAGGAGGCGCGGAGGGAGGGUUUUCGCCCGAGCUGAUUCACACGUAUGAGGUGGAUGGGACGGACGUGGUUGACCCUGAGGCAGACAAGAGGGAGCUGGAACGUAAGAGGGCUCAAAUUCAGGCAGACCGGCAGCGCAGCGUCCUGGAAGCUUCCGGCGCUGGUGGUGGUGACGUCAGUGCAGCAGAGAGGGCUCUGGUGGUUAGGGCGCCUGCUGACGUGGCAGCAGCAGGGGAUCGCCAGCUCAGCACGGCGGAGAAGGCUGCUGCCAAUAAGAUGAUGGGGCAGGAUCCUGGUGAUGUGGCGUUUGGUGCAGGGGCAGAGGUGCCUCUUGAGACUCAGGUGUACUGGUGGCACGACAAGUACCGGCCGCGCAAGCCCAAGUAUUUCAACCGAGUGCACACGGGGUACGAGUGGAACAAGUACAACCAGACCCACUAUGACCACGACAACCCGCCGCCCAAGAUCGUGCAGGGAUACAAGUUCAAUAUCUUCUACCCGGAUUUGAUUGACCGCUCCAAGCCGCCCAGCUAUCACAUUGACAAGGACGGCAGCGAGGACGGCGAGACUUGUCUCAUUCGCUUCCACGCCGGCCCGCCCUAUGAAGACAUUGCAUUCCGCAUAGUGAACAAGGAGUGGGAGUACUCACACAAGAAGGGCUUUAAGUGCACGUUCGAGCGCGGCAUUCUGCACGUCUACAUCAACUUCAAGCGCCACCGCUACCGCCGAUAG